AUGGUUGGAGCCGUUGUCCUCAUCCUCUCUGGCUCUGCGGCAUGGUCUGCCAUCGGCGGCGACGAGAAUGCGGAUUCUUCCUGGGAGCAAAGUUUGUGGAUAUCUUGGGGCCUGUUCUUUGACCCUGGCACGCAGACAGGCGUUAGUGCAGAUGCUGCCUUGAAAGUGAAGUUCACCGCCUUGAUCUUCUCCGUGCUGGGAUUUCUAUACAAUCUGACAUUUCUUGGCAUUAUUGUGGAGUGGAUUCGAUCUUCAAUGGACCAGUGGACAAAGACCAGAAGCCGCGUUUGGUCCCGAAAUCACGUUCUUAUUUUGGGCUGGAGCGAGAAAACUCUCUACCUGAUCAAUGAGCUCUUCGAAGCAAUGAACUCAAAUGGCAAGAGAUAUCCAGUGGUUGUGCUGGCGGACCGGGAAGAGGCAGAGAUGCGUCAAGAGAUCACAACAUAUUUCUAUUCUCUGUGGGAGAAGCUGUACUUCUUUGACAGGCGCUGGCGAAUGCUCAAAGCCCUGACGCUGCGAGAGGGUAUCACGCACGAGAGCGACUCCUUGGAGAGAUCUGGUGCCAGCGCAGCUCAGGAUAUCAUUAUCCUCAGCCGAGAUGGAGAUCCUCGCAGCGCCGAUCUUGAGACGGUGCGGAUCAUGGUGGCGCUGUCCUCCUUGCGCCAGCCAGUGCGCGGUCGAAUCUUUUCGGAGGUGCAGGUCCACGAAGUGGGCGCAGUUCUGAAGCGCUUGCAUCCUAGCUGCCAGGUGAUCCACGCUCGUGCUGCGUGCAAUCACAUCUUGUCCUUGCUCGCCACUGACCAGCUCGUAGGUCGCUGCCUAGCGGAUCUUUGCUCCUUUGCCGCGGGUGACGAGCUCUAUGUGGUGGAUAAACAGGAGACCUGGCUGAACUUCAGCGACGCGUGCCGGGCCUUCGACAAAGCAGUCUGCAUCGGUGUGCAGGCCAAAGAAGCCGUGGCCGGCGCGCACAACACGCGCAUCGAGCUGGCUCCCAAGGACACCAGGCCCUUGACGGAUGGGGAGAGAAUCCUGGUGAUGGCGUCAUGCUGGCAGGACGUCCAGCUGUACAUGGGCUCUUUGUGGCACUUCCGCAGCGGCAAGGCAGAGGUCUUGCCCACGACCUUGAUGCCUGGCAAUAGGUCAAUCUUCAUCAAGGAGCCAGCUGCAGAAAUAUUGCCUCCUCUGGAGGAGUUUCCGGUAUCGUCACAGCACAAGACUCAGCUCUACGCUGCUGUUGGAUGGCCUGCAGAUUUCGGCGACAUCCUUGCGCUGCUGGAUGAGAAGGUUCCAAAGGGUACCGAGGUGCAUGUGCUGUCCGAGCGGACGAAAGAGCAGCGCGACGCGCUUUCCAAAGGCCAGCGGGAACUGCAGAACAUUGUGUUGAAGCACUACUACGGACCGCGGACCUCUGCCAGGAUGCUGCGCAUGCUACCUCUAGACAAGGCCAGCGCAAUCCUCAUCCUUGCCCAGUUGCGCUCCCAGAGUGCAGAUGACGGAGAGUUGGAGAUGGCGGAAGAUGAUGAGGUAGGCGAUGAUUCACUGACAAGCGAUUCAGCAUGCUUAGCCUCGCUGUUGGUAAUUGCCGACAUCUUGGAAUCCAGAGAUGAAUCGUUUGAAGGAGAAGUGAAGGCCGGCCCGCGGCAGGCUUUCGAGCUUGUUGAGGGGCGUGGCUUAACAAAGGAAGCGCUGGAAAAGAAGGAGAGCAAGAUCAUUUGCGAGGUUUUGGACCCCCGAACUGAGCAAGUGGUGGCGCGGAAUCGCUACCUGCAGAAGACCGCCUUCUUCUUCCGCAGCAAGGCAUACGAGAGCGGCAUCUUUAUGAUGGCAAUGUCUGAGCCAGCAGUGUUCAACACCCUGAUGGUGCUGAUGUCGCCAAGCUGCCCAUCCCUGCAGGCUGUGCCCGUCUUGCGCUUUUGGAGCUUUCCUCGGGAAGGAGCAACCUCGUGCCUGGGUCGGAAAAGUUGGAGGGAGAUGAAUGAGGUGAUCCGGCAGCAUGGAGGCCUGUUGGUGGGUUGGAAGACCAGGUCCCAGGGUUUGGAUUGGCAGCUCACCCCAUCCAUUGGCAAGGAGAAACAGAUCAACUGGUAUCUGGAUGACACUUUGAUUGUCAUUCUGCCGCCCUUGUUGAAAUGA